CUAAAUCUACAUAUCUGUGAUUGCACGUCGUAAACACACAUUAUGACGUCUAUGCCAGUAGACAUGGAGGUUGGUGUAGUUUUGCUAGAUAGAUGAACUAGCUAGUUAACAUGCUGGUAGUUAAAACUCUUGACAUUGUGCUGGAUAUCACAAAGUGAUACUAUCUGACUGUAGGCGAUAAAGUUAAUAUGUCCAUGUGAUACGGAUUUCUGCGCUUAUUUGCUAAUUAAAUUAGCUAAUUAAAUUGCUAAACCUGCUAUUUAUGAAUGCUACGGUAACUUGGCCACCUCCGCUGCUAUUCAGUAUUUAGUGAAUUACCUAAAGGAUUCAGAUGAUUAGAACUCUGAUUCGUUUCAUGACCCGAGAUGGUCCUUGAUUAGACUGUAUUGAUGGAUUUAAAAUAUAGUCAUUCUUUUGGCUCGUUUCAAAAUAUUCGUAUACUAAAUACUUGUAGAUUUGUGUAGUCCCUUUGCGAGAACUACGUAUUGUUGUGUCUUACUUAUGAAUGGAUUGUUCUUAUGAACCGAUUCUGUGUAAUGAAUCGUUCGAACCGGUUUACAAGUUCAACCGAACCCUCUAACCCCCGAACCCUAUAACCGCCAAACCCUCUAACCCCCGAACUCUCUAAACCUCUAACCCCUGAACUCUCUAACCCCCGAACCCUGAAUGAGCCGAACAGGACUACAGACAUUAUGGGUAGAGACGGGCCACUGUGUAAAAUAUACAGUAUUUGGUAUUGGGACAGCAAGGCCAGUUCUUUUGUUUUUGCUAUACACUGAAGACAUUUGGGUUUGAGAUGAACAUGAGACGAUAGAUCGGAAUUUCAGUUUUCAUGUCCUGAUAUUUAGAUCUAGGCGUGUUAAUGUAGAACAUGGCACCGUUGGUGGCAAGCCACCCAAGUUUAGGUGAGAAAAAGUAUAGGAACAAAUUAAAGCAAAUUAAAGUAAUAGCAUGUAAUAUUUGAAUGCUCAAUUGGGUUAAGGUCUGGUGAUUGACUUGGCCAUUUUAUUUCCCCCCUGAUGAAGUCCUUUGUUGAGUUGGCAGUGUGUUUUGGCUCAUUGUCGUGCUGUAUGAUGAAGUUCCUCCCAAUUAGAUUGGAUGCAUUUCUCUGUAAAUUGGCAGACAGAAUGUUUCUGUAGACUUAUGAAUUCAUUCUGCUGCUACCAUCAUGAGUUACAUCAUCAAUAAAGAUUAAUGAACCUGUUCCAGAAGCAGCCAUGCAAGCCCAAGCCAUGACACUACCUCCACCAUGUUUAACAGAUGAGCUUGUAUGAUUUGGAUCAUGAGCAGAUCCUAUGUUUCUCCAAAAUUUGGCCUUUCCAUCACGUUGGUAGAGGUUGUGGCUCAUCUCUAUAUUUCUUUGUGAAUUUAUAGAAUCUUUUCUAUAAUGUGUGUAAGAAAUAAAUUGUAUAUGAUUAUGACUUAACUAAUUUCAUUGUUCUGUUUUUGGUUUUGUUUUACUCUCUGACAUGCUCAGUCUGUACAGUUAUAUAAAUCCAUCUCUAACUAGCUUUUUAUCUUUAUUAUAUCUCUUGCAGUGUGGUGUUAUGGAGGAGAAACCUGCAUCUUAUGAGCGAGUUGUUUACAAAAACAUCUCGGAGUACCACUACAUGAAGAUCUGCCUAGUUUGUGAAAACCGCAGCAAAACCCUGAGUCCAGAACAGUUUAAGCAGUUGAUAAUCUCUGGAGUCAAAGACCUAUACGGAGAGGUUGGAGCUGCUUUUCCCUUUGAUUUGCUGACAUUCGAUCAAAGUGCAUUGUCAGCCAUACUGCGUGUGUAUAACAGGGGUCUGGUGAAACUGUGGAGUGCACUCACACUGAUCGGAGAGUACGAAGACGAACCAUGUGCGUUUAGAGUCACACAGGUCUCACCAUUCUUGUUAGCUUUAUCUGGAAACAGUCGUGAGCUGGAGCUGUACUAGUUUGCAUGUGAAAAUGGCCUUCAUUCUCAGAAGAACUCUGCUUGGGAAAAGCGUGCACCAUGUUCUGAGCACAGCAGUAUUUGGGACGUCGAAGCUCUUCAUGCCAGAGUCAAGCGCUCUCCGAAUGCUCCAUGUUGGAGCCCGAGCCUCACUGACGAGGGUUUUCAGCACCAGGGACGUGGAACUUUUCGCUGAGCUAACAGGAGACACGAACCCGCUCCACCUUGACCCUGAAUUCGCCAAAAAGACCUCUUUUGAAGCUCCCAUUGUUCACGGCGUGCUGAUUAAUGGCCUCAUCUCAGCAGUUUUGGGGACCAAAAUGCCCGGCAGAGGCUGUGUGUUUCUCCACCAGGAAAUUCGCUUCCCGGCACCUUUGUUUGUCGGAGAGGAGGUGGUGGCUGAGGCAGAGCUGAAGAAGAUCAAAAUGUCAUUUGCUUUCAUUUCCGUUUCCUGUUCUGUCAGAGACAAAGUGGUGAUGGAGGGGGAGGUGAUGGUCAUGAUACCGCAGGGCAUGCAGGGGACUUAGUUAUUAUGAAACUUAAUAAACGUCUUUCAUUUCUUUG